CGGCUAUCCACUCACCAAGGAACAUGACAAAUGCUAUCACAUUUGCUCACAUUUAAUCAAAUCUUAAUUAAGAAAUCUCGUGAAUAUAAAUACAGUCGAAUGUCUCCCGUCUACCGUUCGAAGAGCUAGCUCAUCACACUACUAAUGUCUCAACCAUAGUAAAUCCAAUAACCACCAAUCAACAUUUCCACCUUGCCAUAUAUAGUUGUAUCGUGUUACAAAUCUCCUACAAUAUGUGCGACAAUACCUACAACCUUGUUCAGUCACGCUACGGACACAUCGCCAAGCAAAGUAGCGACGCCCAGCAGCACGACAAGGAAGAGGAAAUUGCUAGGGCGUUUGGCUACAGUACGGAAGAUCUGAGUUCGCUGCCAGGGAAGACCAAUCUUGGCUUGAGCUGUGGAAAUCCGGUGGGAUUUGCCAAUGUGAAAGAGGGUGAAACAGUUCUAGAUCUUGGCAGCGGCAGCGGUAUUGACGUACUCCUGGCGGCUCGUAAAGUCGGGCCCCAUGGACAGGCCAUCGGCGUUGAUAUGACAAAAAGCAUGGUUGAACUUGCCGAGAAAAACAUCCAAGAGGCAGGAAUCUCCAAUGCAAAAGUCAUACAAGCAAAUAUCAACUCCAUACCACUACCAGACUUCAGCGUCGACUGCAUCAUCAGUAACUGCGUCAUCAAUCUUGUCCCAGCUACCGACAAAGCGGCCGUGUUUAAAGAGAUUGCCCGCCUUCUGAAGCCUGGCGGAAGGGUCGCGAUCAGUGAUAUUCUAGCUAGAAGGCCGCUUCCGGAUCAUAUUACUAACAAUAUGGCGCUGUACGUUGGGUGUGUCGCUGGUGCUAGUCAGGUUGGGCAGUAUGAGGCGUAUCUGAAACAGGUUGGAUUCGAAGGCAUGUACACCCGCUAUAAAGAGAGACUUGGUACUAACCUGCUCCUAGACGCGUUUAUUGUUGAUACGAAGUCGGACCUUAACCUCUACAAAGGGUCUUCGUAUUUGCCUCAAGGCUCGUGUUGUGGCGGUAGCUCUGGGGAUGAUAAGGCUGCGAGUGAUGUUGCGGGGUUGGAUUUUAAUGAGUGGGUCGGUUCUUUUCAGAUCUAUGCUACUAAGGCUUAG